AUGACGGCGACGAUCGGCCGCUGCGUCGCGCUCUUAGCACUCUGCGCAGCCCUCGACGACGCGCCGACGUCGCUGGAGCUCUGCCCGGUCGACGCCUUCGACGAGUCGCUGCGCCGGCUCGCGCCGCUGCUGCCCGGCGCCGCCGACGCCUACGGCGGCGCGCGCAACGUCACGGCCUACUACGCCGCGCACCACGGCGGCACGCGCUGCGCGCGCGCGCCGAGCGCGCAGUGGCCGCCGAGCGCUCUGCCGCUGCUCGUGAACGCGGGCGUCGGCGGCACGGCGACGACCUUCGUCGCGUGCGUCGCGAAGCUGCUGCGCCACCGCCAGGGCAGGACAAGGGUGAUUCAACGCCACCGCGCGGUCCACUACGACCCGGACCUCUUCGGCUGCAGCAAGGGCCUCCACAGCGGCCAGCCGCUCCACGACUGCACGCGGCGCUGGGACCGGCCGCGGCCGCACUUCGCGACGGACACGCCCGUCGCCGCGCAGCUCUACGAAUUGCUGCGGACGCACGGCCGAAACGCCGUGCUCCUGACGCUGCGCGACCCGCGCCAGUGGCUCCCCGCGCGGCUCCGGAAGCACGCGGGCGAGCGGCCCGAGGAGUGGCGCGUCGAGACGCCGUGCGCGGCGGCUGCGUCCCGCGCGCUCGGCGACGCGGGCGCGGCCCUCGACAUGCUCGUCUACCAGGCCUGGGCCCACUGCGUCUCGUCCCGCCAGCCCUGGGCCGGCGGGGAAAACGCGAGGCCCGUCGCGCUGCUGAACCUCUUCAGCGCGGCGCCGCGCGACGUCGACGCGACGCUCCGCGGCUUCUUCCUCGACGCGGGCGUCGUCGACCCGGCGUCCCUCGGCGACGGCGGCGCCUGCCUCGCGCGCGCGAAAAACGACACGGCCCUCUUCCGCCGCCUCGCGCGGACGUGCCUCGCCUUCGUGAAGAAGGGCGGCUGGCCGAAGCCGAAGGACUUCCGGUGCUAG